AUGAGGUGUACCUGGCACUUUUUUUGUUUCUUUGAAGGGCUCUGGUUUUCUGCUACAAACCGUAGUCUUUACAAUUUAAAGGCAAGUGAACCUCUAGCUGUUUUGAAGCAUAGUCUCACAGCAUUUCCCACUUUGAGGUUCAGCAGCAGCUCAGAUUCAUUGGGUGUAUUGGUGUCCAAUUUCCCACCAAAAGAGGAGGAGAAGCAUGGAAAGGACAACUAUGGUUAUAGCAAGGAGUUUCAGGCAAUGUUAGAUUCUUUAGACCAAGAAGACUGUGGGGAAGAAAUGACAGGGAAGAAAAGGCGCUUAAGCUCAGAGCAGGUCAAGGCCUUGGAGAGAAACUUUGAGGUUGAGAACAAGUUAGAGCCAGAGAGGAAGGCCAAAUUAGCUGAGGAGUUAGGCCUGCAACCAAGACAAGUAGCUAUUUGGUUCCAAAACCGCCGCGCCCGGUGGAAGACUAAGCAAUUGGAGAGAGACUACGGCAUUCUCAAAGCUGAUUAUGAUGGCUUAAAGCUCAACUUUGAUAGUCUUGAGAGGCAGAAUAAAGCUCUGGCUGAAAAGCUAAGGCACUUAAAAGCAAAGCUGUGCAGAGAUAGUGCAGAAAGCAAUGGUUCAGCUAAAGAAGAAUCACCAAUUUCAAUGUGCAAGAGCAGUGUCAUGGAGCAAAGCAGACACCAAGAUUUCAGUGACAAUGGAGACAAUGCAGAGGUGAAUUUGUUUAAGAAAUUGAAAUCCAAAGAUGGAUCAUCAGAUAGUGACUCAAAUGGAGUUAUGAAGGAAGAGAGCAAUGGAAAUUCUUCUCUUGGCUAUAACAAUGGCCAUUCAUCAUUGUCUUCAAAUUCAAUGGUAAACUGGUUUCAAUUAUCAGACUCUAGAUCAGUAGCUGGUAAAGGGUUCCAGACACAGCUUGUGAGGAUGGAAGAGCAAAGUUUGUUUAGCACAGAAGAAUCCUGCAAUUUCUUCUCAGUUGAUCAAGCUCCCACUCUCCAUUGGUACUCUGCUGAGCAGUAA